CUAGAAAAUUGCAAGAAAUUAGUACAUCGCGUUCCAGUGGCCCUGACGGUAUUUCCAAUUGGGUUUUAAAAACCUAUUCGGAUAUUCUCGCCUCACCAGUUGCGCAAAUAUAAUCAAUUCUUCCUUUCAAAGUUGUAAAGUCCCUCAAAUUUGGAAGCUGGCUGAUGUGGUCCCCUUACCAAAAACAUCUACUGUCAAAGACUUGGAAAGGGAAUUACGACCUAUUUCUUUAACUUCCACCCUAUCAAAGAUAGCGGAACGUCUUGUAAUCGAAAGAGAAGUAAAACCAACUUUGUUAAAGGUUGUUGAUCCCCAACAAUUUGGCUUUAUUCCAAAUUCUUCCACUGUACUUGCCUUGAUAUCGAUGCUCCAUUGUUGGUUGAGUGCAACAGAUGGAAGUGGUUCAUCUGUUCGUACUGUAUUUCUUGAUUAUAAAAAGCAUUUGACAUGGUGGAUCACACCACAUUAGUUGCGAAAUUAUUCAGCCUUGGUAUUAAGCCCUGUGUGGUUAACUGGAUUAUUGACUUUUUACGUAAUAGAUGGCAAAGGGUCAAACUAAGUGAUAAUUGUUUCUCAGACUGGCUCCAAGUUCCAGCUGGUGUCCCUCAAGGCACACGACUUGGGUCUUGGCUAUUCUUAGCCAUGAUAAAUGACUUGUGUUACAAAAUCACCUUUCAGAAAUGUGGAAAUUUGCCGAUGAUACUACGGUCUCUGAAAUUGUUGAAAAAAACGAACAAAGUACUUUACAAAUGGAUAUCGAUGAUAUUACUACUUGGUCUAUGAACAAUUCCUUUCAACUAAACCCAUUUAAAUGCAAAGAAAUGGUAAUAUCCUUUUCACGAUUACCACUGUUUUUGAACCUAUACGUAUUGGUGACCGAAAUUUGGAAAGAGUGACAAGUAUCAAAUCGCUUGGAGUUAUAUUAAGAAAUGACCUUAAAUGGAUAGACCAUGUAAAUUCAAUUGUCUCCAAAGCAGCUAAACGUUUAUAUUUGUUGAGGCAACUCAAACGUGCUGAUGUCGCUUCAGCAGAUUUGGUCAAAUUUUUUUGCAGCUGUAUAAGGUCUGUCCUCGAAUAUGCGUGCCAAUUAUUCCAUAGUUCCCUGCCACGAAAUCUUGCAAAAAACAUUGAACGUAUACAGAAGCGAGCAAUGAAAAUAAUAUUCUAUGAAUUGUCUUACGACGAGGCUCUUAACAUCGCUGGUAUUUCUACUCUUGAAAACAGACGGGAGUAUCUAUCCAAUAAUCUCUUCAACGACAUUGUUUUAAAUGAUAAUCAUAAACUUGCCAAACUUUUACCAUCCAAAGCAGGCAAUAGAGAAUUACGAAAAGAAAGAUCUUUUGAAGUUUCACCAGCAAGUACAAAUCGUUCCGGAAACUCUUUUAUCAACUUUUAUGCUAAGAAACAUUACAAAUCAGAUGUUCCUUGA